ACAUCUAUGGGAAAUAGAAAAUUUGUCAGUGUUAAUAAAAUUUGUAAUACAGUGCGCUGUACCUGAAAGCGGCGUCGAUGUGGGUGAAUCAGGAGAGGAACGUUGAAUGGUGGGAGAGCCGAACUGUUUCAGUGGGUUGGUUGUUUGGUGGUGCUGAUGUGGAGAUAUCUGGGGAUCUUCUCCUCCUCAUCGAAGAUCUUUCCGAUGAGAUUUUCCUCUGCAUCUGCCAUGUCGACGGUCGAGAAAGAUGGUCCGGCGAAAGACAGGCUGCUGCUGCUUUGACAAACAGAGUGAUUGCUAACACUACAGUAUUAGUAUCCAAUGUUGUGGGACCUGAAGACGAGAUAUCAUUUUUUGGACAUAGCAUGGUUUUCGCAGCUCCUGCAGUUUAUGGGGUCGGACAUGCGUUAACCAUUCACUUCCAAAGCUAUUGCAACAAGAUGACGAUAUCAAUGGCAGUUGAUCCUGAAGUGAUUUCAGAUCCAUACCAGCUCUGUGAUGAUUUGGAACACUCUCUUGAGAUGUUUAAAGAGGCUCUCAAAAUAUCCACAAAAAAAGUCGUUGUCCUUGAUGUGGAUGAUGCAUCAUACCUUUCCAUUGUUUAAUAAUUGUACGAGUAAUGCUAGGGAUACACUAAGUUAUAUAUACACAACUUUUACAUCCAUUUUUCUACAUCACUCAUUUUUCAUCCAUUCUCAAUUUAUUUUAUCCACACCAUUAGUUCUAUGGUG